AUGAAAGUAUUAAUAUUUUUCAUAAUUUUAGUUUUUGGAACCAACGUAGUUAAAACGUUGCAAAUAUUAAAUAAUACAAAGACUAAACUAGUAAAUAAAGAUGAUGGGAAAAGCAGCUUGGUGUUUGUGUUUGAUACGACUGGCUCCAUGUUUAAUGACCUGCGGCAGUUACGGGAAGGUGCUGAAAUGAUCUUGAAAACUGCAUUAGAAGAAAGCAAUAUUAUAGCCGACUUCGUGUUUGUGCCUUUUCACGAUCCUACGAUAGGCCCAGCAACCGUGACGAAAAAUAAGGACGUGUUCAAAGCUGCUCUCAAUAUUGUUCGUGUGCACGGUGGUGGUGAUUGUCCGGAAAAGUCAUUGGGUGGCAUCCACCUUGCUCUGAGCGUUAGCAGACCCAGGUCUUUUGUGUACGUGUUUACCGAUGCAACUGCUUCCGAUCAUAAGCUAGUCGGUAAGGUACUGGACGCUGUGCAGAGGAAGCAAAGUCAGGUGGUAUUCGUACUAACCGGACACUGCAAUGACUUAAAGAAGCCCUCCUACAAGGUGUACCAGCAGAUCGCUACGGCCAGCUCGGGUCAAGUCUUCAAUUUAAACAAGACAAAUGUCCACAAGGUGCUGGAAUUCGUAAGAAGUUCUAUAAGGGGAAGAAACGUAAAUCUGGGUUCCGCGGUACAUCCUGCUGGCUACAACUACACACAAGAGAUUCCAAUAGACAGUAGUCUGGGCGAAGUGACGGUAUCGGUGUCGGGCGCUAAACCCAAAAUUAAGGUGGUGAAUCCCAGCGGCAAGGAGCUGGUGGGACCGCCAAAGCUGAUCACCACUUUGGACUUGUCGGAGAUCAUGAUUGUGAAAGUCCUGGAACCAGAGCCCGGGAACUGGACGAUCACUGUGGGCAGCGAGAAGGACUACUCGGUGAAAGUGUCGGGUCUCUCAAACCUUACCUUUAAUCACGGCUUUUCCGUGGAGAAGCCCAAAUCAUUGGAGGAGACCAGUUACAGGCCUUUGCAAGGCACCUACAACCACAUGCUACUAUCGCUGACACUGACAGACGUGUCGAUCCUGAUCGACUAUGCGGAGAUACUCACAACGGAUGGGAAGACGAUGUUCGAGGUACCCGUGAGAGAAAUUGACAGCGGCAAAAAGUUGUUUCUGGCAAAUGCUUUCGUUCCGCCAGAUGACUUCUUCUAUAUUGCUAUCAACGGUCGCGAUCAGUACGGACAGGAGUUAAGAAGGAUUGGCGCAACAGCAGUCCAGGCAAAACCACCAGAUGCUCCAUAUUUGACUGCUCCAAAAAAGAUACAAGCCCGCGCCCACGAGAGGGUGGUUCUCAAAUGUUACGUGGAGAGCCUCGUGCCUGUUACUGCCAAGUGGACUAAGGAUUCUUCUCGUCUGCAGCGACAGACCACCAGUCUACAAAGCACGUCCAUAGAAUAUGUAAUAGAAGACAUGAGAGAGGGCUACGUCGGGAUGUACCAUUGUUCGGCUGAUAACGUAGCGGGACAUAGCAAGACCACUACCGAAGUCAGUCUUAUAGUGGACCCACCCCAGGUGACCGUCUUGCCAGUGAACGCGUCCCUGUCUGUGGGCGAGGACUUGACUAUAUCUUGUUCGGUAUUCAGCGAGGCGCUUCUAAUAAAAUGCCAGAUUGUUUUCACUGUCAACGACACUGUCAACGUGACAAACUUUCACGUGCACCCUACCAUGGACGGCUUCUAUACAUAUAACAAGACGAUUCCUAAUGUGAGCGAAAAGGAUCGAGGUGUUUACACUUGCAUCGCUGCGAACAGAGGUGGUCAAACAAAUCAAGCGACAUACAUAAACAUCGAAAGUGAACCACUUGCCCAAAUAAUCGGCCCGCACACAUUAAUUAGGCAAAUGCACACAGACGUGCAGCUUGUGUGCCACGUGGACAACGCGAAUUUGGUACAAUGGGUGGCACCCAAUGGCACAGUGGUUGAAGAACACGCAGUCAAUGGCAGUCACAAUGCGAUGCUCAAUGUCUACAAUGUUACCGAGGAAGGGACUUGGAGUUGUGUCGGAUUGAGGAAUACUCACAGAGCUUCUGACGCGGUUCUGUUAAACAUUUCAAUGAAACCAAAAGUUAGUAUCGAAGGAGAUAAAAACAUAACCGUAUUAAACGGCACAAUCCAGCAAAUUGUAUGCACGGUGGCUGCGAAACCCCAGCCUAGAAUUAUUUGGCACAAAGAAACAGAGGCUUUUCUUAAUAACACAAUAAUCCAAUUAGAGCCAACGCUCUAUAGGAGUGUGCUGACACUAUAUAGUGAUAAAGAAGAAGUUAACGGAACUUAUUUCUGUUUCGGAGAGAACUCUGCUGGCAUCGAUCAGGAUAGUGUCACUGUCAAUGUAAGGCGGAAGAUGGUACUACUAGAGAGCUUCACAGAUCAAUCAGUGGAACUGUACUCGCAGCUAGAUCUUCAUUGUCGAGUGGAUUGCCACCCGCCUGCGAAAAUAACGUGGCGUCACAACGGAACAGAACUGCGAAUAGACGAAAAUAUAAAUAUCUCUGAAGAUGGCAACACAGUGUACUUACAAAAAGUAGACUUUGCCAACCUAGGAUCUUACUCGUGUGUGAUGGACAAUGGCUAUGAAACUAUGGAAGUUAAAGGGAUGCUACAUGUUGCGGGGUUAGAAAGCCCAGUAUUGUCCAAGGAACCGUCGAGAAUUACGACGCAGAGGGGCAAAUCAGCGAUAAUAACAUGUAGGGUACUAAAAGGUAACCCGGAACCAAAAAUCAUAUGGGAACACCGAGGUGAAGAAACAGAAGAGUUUAAUGAUUUGGGGAGAAAUGUUAUUGUGAAUGAAGAGGGAUACGAAGUAACAGUACAGAACGCUAGUCUUGUUAAUGCUGGACUGUAUCGAUGUACCGCAGAAAAUGUCAUCGGGAAGGAUACUUAUGAGGCUUCGUUGAUUGUACAAUAUCCCCCAGAGUUAAAGGUAUCUUCUGAAACGAACCAAAGCAAUCAAUUAGAAGUAGAAGCUGGUACGAAAGUAGUGUUAAGUUGCGAAGUCGUAGGCAAUCCACCGCCUAUAGUGGUUUGGACUAAAAGAGAGAGACCUGUCACUUACUCUAAGAACGAAUACCUCACCGACACUAACGACUUGGUGAUAGAGAAUGCGACCGAAUUGCAUUCAGGAGUGUACAAUUGCAAUGCGACAAGUUCUUUAGGAUCUGUGCGAAGGAACUACACACUAGAUGUCUAUAUGAGGCCUGUAAUAGCCCAGUCAGAAAUGGAAACACCAGUAGAAACGGUAGAAGGCCAACUGGUAGAGCUUCCUUGCACUGUGCAAGGCGCACCUACACCUGAAGUGAUUUGGUUACAAAAUGGAAAUACUAUAACCGAGUCCAGGAAGUACAGGGACGAAUAUGGGCUAAGAUUUGUAGCGAACUUGACUGACUUUGGUGAAUACACGUGUAUCGCUAGAAAUGAUCACGGCGCUGCUAUGUUGAACUACACUGUUUAUAUUUGGGUGGUACCGUUUGUAGAGCCGCCUCUGCUUGAGGUAAAGAAUGUGGUGAUUGGCGACAACGUAACGCUGGAAUGCAAUGCGGUUGGAUUUCCUGUACCGGUUAUACUGUGGCAGUACAAAGGAGAGCUUUUGAAGGAAAAUACUACCAAUUUAAGUUUCAAUGACGUUGGUAAUUUAUACAUAAGUGACGCGAGCUCAAAGCACGAAGGGAUGUAUGAAUGUAUAGCCAAGAACUUUGCCGGGCUGGCAAGCAGGUCGAUCGUUCUCAAUGUGAAUGAACUACCAACUAUUCUGCGAGACAAUUACACGGGGCCGUACAUAGCGACGGUUUUAGACACGGCGAUGGCAAUCGCCUGUAAAACUGCAGGCAAACCUAAACCUUAUGUCGUAUGGAGGAAAGGCGAUUAUUAUCUUGAUAACGAUGAAAGAUACGACAUCGGUGUAGACGGAACUCUGACGAUCAGGUCGCCUUCAGAAGAACUCAGUGGGGAAUACACGUGUAUGGCCAAGAACAUUGUGGGUAACGCGAGCAAGACCGUCACUGUGGAAAUAUACUCCAUUCCCACACUAAUGCAGUCCGAGGAGUCACCGUCAGUGGUGGACGUGGUGGAGGGAACAAAUGCGACCAUCCACUGUCCCAUUCGCACCGCUCCUACCGACAUACUCAAAUGGUAUAAGGAAACGGAGCUGGUAUCGACCGGCAGUUUGCAGCUGCGGCCCGUGUCCCGUGCGCACGGCGGCGCGUACGCGUGCGCGGCGCGCAACGCGGCCGGCGCUCGCCACGCGCGCCUGCGCCUGCGCGUGCGCUGGCCGCCGCGCGACACGCACGCGCGCACGCAAUACAUCGAAGCUGUCAGCGGGGACGACCAGUACCUGGACUGCACCGUCGACGCGAACCCUAGCGUCAAGACGAAAUGGCUUUUCAAUUCCAAGUUGAUGCUAGGCGAGAAUAGAAGCCGCUUGAAGCUCAUGAACAUCCAGCUCCGGCACACCGGCGUAUACAAAUGCAUCGCCAGCAAUGAAUACGGAACGCUUGUGAAGGAGUUCACUUUGGAUGUUCUGGUUCCACCCUUUAUAUCGGAAUUCGAUGUUCUCGACGUUCAGCUGAAAGAAGGGACGAACGCUACCCUCGAAUGCAACGCCCGCGGCUACCCUAAGCCUGAUAUUACGUGGGAAUUCAAUAAUACAUCAUGGCAGCCUCAGAAUUCAACCAUAAUAAGUAGAAACGUAUCAAUUAAAUCGGAGGGCAUUUAUCGUUGCGAUGCGACUAAUAAGGCUGGGAAUGCCCGCUUGGUGUAUAGAGUAAGUGUGGUGGGAGGCGCGAAGAUAAAAGAGAUCACGUUGUUUAAUGGAAACGUGGGGACGACCGUGCUAGAGAAAGUUGAAAUUGUGCUUGGAUUACGUAUACGCAUUGCUUGUAAAGCGUUUGGAAAACCAGUUCCAAAAAUACAAUGGAUAAGAUAUGGCAAUAUUGUUGGUAAUAAUACCGCUGAUAUAAGUUACGCUGACUUGAUGAUGGAUGAAGUAGCAACUUCUGAUACUGGAACUUACUCGUGUGUUGCUUCAAACGAAUUCGGAGUGGAUGAGCGAAAAAUAAAAUUGGAUGUUUUAGAAUCUCCAAAAAUAUUCCAAUCACUAUUCCAAGACGACGAUAGUUCAGAUUCUGGAAACGUUGUAACCUUAGAAGUUGUAUCUGGUCAGUCUUUCUAUUUACACUGUCAUCCGUAUGGAAAUCCCUUACCGGAUAUAUACUGGUUUAAAGAUGACAUUCCAUUGAAGUUAUUCGAUGAAACGAUGGUGUCUACUGAUUUUGGUGAGAUAAUACAAUCACCUGCUGCCAAGUAUGAACAGUCGGGCAACUACACUUGUAUAGCAAGGAAUAAAGUUGGAGAGACUGGGCUCGUGUAUCUAGUUGAUAUUUUAGUUCCGCCACCACAGCCAAAGGAAAGCAUAAAAGAAGUAAACACUCGAAUUGGCAAACAAUUAAAUUUAACAUGUCCAGUAGAAGGAAGUCCUAUGCCUUAUGUGAUGUGGGUGAAGCAACCCUAUAUCGAGAUCAGUGAAGAGAUGCCAAGAGUUCAUUUGUUGAAUGACAACAUUACUCUUAUAAUAGACACAACAGAAAUAGCGGACAGCGGCAAUUAUUCUUGUGUAAUGACGAAUAAAGUUGGUGCUACCGAAGUCACUUUUAACGUUGUUAUCGAAAAGCCACCAGCAAUCGUCGGUAACACAGGAAACAACACAAUAGAAGAGCAUGUGGUUGCAUUAAGAAGGAGCUUUGUUUUGAACUGCAAUGUCGAUGGACACCCGCCACCCAAAAUUAAUUGGUUAAAGGACAUCCAACGUGUGAGCGAGGCAGACGUGCACGUCGAGUAUGUAGUGGGUGGCAGCGUGCUGGCGGUGUGGAGCGCGCGCGCGCGGCACGCCGGCCAGUACGUGUGCGUGGCGGAAAGUCAAGCCGGUGUCGACACCAGGCGAUACAACAUCCUCGUCAAAGUGCCUGGCAAAUGGAGUGCGUGGUCACAAUGGAGCUAUUGUAAUGUAACCUGUGGCUUGGGAUACCAAAACCGAUCGAGAUUUUGUCACUAUGUUGACGAAAACAACAAUACCAUCGAUACUACAUCUACCUCGGAAAAGCUCUUAUUAGAUGAGACAGCAUGCAAAGGUUCAACUAUUGACAGAAGGAAAUGUCAUAUGCCACCUUGUGAGGAGGAAGAAAGCUGGUCUGUUUGGUCACGCUGGUCGGCGUGUUCUGCGACGUGCGGCGCGGGCACGCAAGUGCGUCGCCGCCGCUGUCGUGUGCGAGGGCGCUGCCCGCCCAACGACGUGCAGAUUAGAAAAUGUCCAAACUUACCGAGAUGUGUUCUUGGGCAGCGGCAUGAUGAACUGUACAGCAGCCAGGAGAAUAAUGAAACUAGUAUCUACAUGCCCGAGGCAACUAUUGAGAUGCAGCCUGAAGAAAUAGACAACCGAAGAUCAUUGGAUUUUGAUGAAUUCAAUUCCCCCGCUCGUACGAAAUCUCAUAUUUACUUCGAAGUGAACGUGACUGAGAACUUGGACCACAGUGAGAGAGGACCGUGCAGAGCUGGAUUUCGAUACAACGCCAUUGACGACACAUGCGAAGACGUGGACGAGUGCUCGAUCGUGAACAACCGGUGCCACGCGACGCAGGUGUGCAGCAACGUGGCGGGCGCGUAUCGCUGCAGCUGCCCGCACGGCUUCGUGGCACUCGCCGCCGGACAGCGCUGCCUAGAUAUAAACGAGUGCGAGCAGGAGGUGCACGGGUGCGAGUUCGCGUGUGUGAACGUGGCAGGUGGGUACGUGUGCGCCUGCCCGCGACACCUGCGUCUGCACCGCGACCGACACCACUGUGUUACACCAUCGCUAUAUCCGAAACCUCUUCCAUAUUACGAGAAUUUUGAUUCCGAAGAUUAUAUGAAUGCCGCCUUCGACUUUCCAGCGAGGUACCCCAAGUACCCCCGAUACUAA